GUGGAUACAACGUCGACCGGUCAUGUAGAAAUGUACAUACUCCGUAAAGUAAGAGUGGACCGGACCUAGUGAUCUAGUGUAGUGUAAUGAGUGUAGUGAUGUUAUCGUGAGAACGGGGCAAUGUUGAGGCCGUUUGGUCCAGUUUCGUGGGCCUGGCUGGUGCUCGCGUUGGGCCACACUACGGCCUACACCGACACCGAGGAUUUCCUCAGCGAUUUGGAUAAACCAGUACCUACGUCAGAUGUUCAAGGGGUGUUGGGCAAGAAAGCGUCACUACCCUGCGACAUCCAGCCUUUGCAUUCAGAUGACGCGGUUGUCAUGGUUCUCUGGUUCAAGGAGUCGGAUGGAGAGCCGCUGUACAGCUAUGACAUUCGAGGUCGAAACGUCAACCAACCCAAGCUCUGGUCUUCCGCACUGGUCUUCGGCAACCGAGCAUACUUCAGAGGUGGUGCAACACCGGCUGUUCUCAUGGUGGAUAACGUGAUUGCAGCUGAUGCUGGAGUGUAUAGAUGUAGAGUGGACUUCAGAAAUUCGCCAACCAGAAAUUUGAAAGUUAAUUUUACCGUCAUAAUACCACCAAGUCGUCCUACCAUAUACGAUGCAAAGAGACGAGAUAGAACAAAAUUAAUUGAACCUUAUAAUGAAGGAUCCAAUGUACUGCUGAUUUGUGAAGUCGACGGAGGAAUACCAAGGCCGAGAGUGACGUGGUACUUGGAGAACGUCGUAAUAGACGAUUCGUAUGAAGAAAGAAAAGAAGGAAUCACAGUAAACACCCUGACGUUUCCUAAUGUUGGUAGACAACACCUCAACGCAAGACUUGUUUGUCAAGCGUCAAACACAAAUCUAGCGCCACCUGAGACCAAGGUCUUAAUAUUGGACAUAAAUUUGAAACCGAUAACCGUGAACAUAUUGACCAAGGAGAAGCAAGUGUCGGCGGAUAAAAGAUACGAAGUGGAGUGUAAGACUACGGGUUCCCGCCCCGAGGCAACUGUCACUUGGUGGAAGAACAAUAGACAACUCAAACGGAUGGCGAAAAACUUUUCUGAGAACAACGAGACCCUCAGCGUUCUGAGCCUCGUCCCGGGCGUGGAAGAUGAUGGCAAAUAUUUGACAUGCCGUGCUGAGAACAAGCACAUACCAGAUUCAGCCAUAGAAGACAAGUGGAGACUCAACGUACAUUAUGUACCAAUAGUAGACCUCAAGAUGGGAUCCAAUCUCAACCCUGACGAAAUAAAGGAAGGGGACGAUGUUUACUUCGAAUGCACGGUCAAAGCUAAUCCGAAAACACACAGGCUUGUUUGGUUUCACGACAAUACUGAGAUCUUCCACAACGAAGCCCUCGGUGUUAUACUGAGUGCUCAAAGCUUGGUACUUCAAAGUGUCACUAGAGCUGCCGCCGGCGACUAUACGUGUAUGGCUGCGAAUAGUGAAGGCAAAGGAACAAGCAAUCCUGUGUCACUAUUAGUCAGAUAUGCUCCGGUUUGUGCCGAACGCAGGGACAACGAACUAUUUGGCGCUUUGAAACACGAGACAGUAUCUCUACAUUGUUCGGUCGACGCCAAUCCCGCGCUUGUUUCUUUUCAUUGGACGUUCAACAAUUCGGGAGAGCAAACAGAAGUACCUCCGAGAUUGUACAGCAGUCACGGACAUACGUCUACUCUUAAUUACACGCCAACUACAGACAUGGAAUACGGAACGUUGGCUUGUUACGGAGAGAACGCAGUUGGCCAGCAGAAGGUGCCCUGUCUCUUUCAACUCGUUGCUGCAGGUCGUCCUUUCCACUUGCAAAAUUGUACAGUUGCAAAUCAAAGUUUGGAUUCGUUGUACGUGGAAUGCGUUGAAAAUUUCGAUGGUGGCCUUCCUCAAACCUUCUUAAUGGAACUGCUGGAGCUUCCUUCACUCACGGUCCGUUACAAUGUCUCCACAAAUAGAACACCACCCUACUUCGAAGUGCGCGGCCUCCCGCCGGGCGUCAGUUACAGAAUCGACUUAUACGCCGUCAACGCCAAAGGACGUAGCGACGUGUCUACGAUAGAGACCGUCACGUUGAAGGGACAGGCGAAAUUUACUGGUGAAAGCAGCUCAUUGGGAAUGUCUCCAGUAGUCGCAUCGAUAGCAGCGAUGUCUGCUUUAUUGGCAACAGCUGUUUGUGGUGUCCUCGCUAUUCUUUACAAGCGUCAUGCGAAUCGUCACAGACAUUUACCGGCUAAACAUGCACCUUUGAGUGAAGCCAUGUACGCGGAGCGCAGUGGACAAUGCAGCACUCCUGUUAAGGCAGAAGUUCGUACAGUACCUGAUCCAGACCCAGCUGAUGACGCUGAUCCGGAUAUUAUACCUAAUUUGUAUGAGCGAAGGCCUGUAUCCAAUGGGUACAUGAGCCUGCAGCGACCACCGUCCAACAGCAAGAUGCGAGAAGCCAGCGAGGAUGCCCGCUCUGAGCCUGACGGCGGCGGGUACUACGCUGACUUCAGAAAAAAAGACUAUAGGAUACCUUUGACUAGUUCAUAUCAUAGUUUAAAUCGCGUCAACAAGGGCGUGAACGCUUGCAGCCCAAGCUCAACGGGCGUGACGUCAUCGCUGACAGCGCACCGGCUCCGACCGGAAGUCGUCACUACGUCGCAUCGGGUGCAGGAGAGCUGUAUAUAAAUUAGAUUGUAGGGGACACUGUGAGGGUUUUCUAGACAGCAGUACAGUAUCGAAUGACUUGAUUUAUGUUUUUACACAAUUGUAAAAUGUCACUCACUAAAAAAAUUAAGUGUAUCUUCUGAAUUUUUAAUGUAAUCAAAUAAUUAAACAAAUCAUGUAUGUCAAUCUGGGUAUAUGAAAAAUUUGAUGUAAAAAUUAAAUAAAAUGUUUUUUUAUUGAAAUUUUGUUGUAAUAAUAUUAAUUUAUUUUUACGAUGUAGACAUAUCACUAUAAUGUUCUAGAACCCUUGAUGUAAAUACCCCGUUAAGAUAAGUACUGACUGUGUUCCUUUCAUACUUUAACUUUUGUAAAUUAACCUUUUUCAAAGUUUGUGUAUGAAUUAUUGUAAGUGUACACUUGUUAGUGGUCAAUUUGCUUAAAGUUUGAGAAGCACUGAGCAUAUAAGUCUAUAGAUCUAUUUGAGGCACUAAACAACAUUUCGUUUUUACUAAAGGUUUUUUUUUUUAUAUCAACCUUUAUAAUAUAUUAUCUAUAGACUUAUGACGCUUUUUUAAUUUAAAUUGUUAAUGUAAAGAACAACCUUCGUCUCUCGAAUGAUAUACAGCAUGAUUCAAUCUCUCUUCCUAAUAUAUCGUGGGAAAUAGUAAAUGUUAACACUUUCGUGUUAACACGUCACACUGUGAUCUUGUCACACGUUUCCACAAAAACGCUCUAAGGAGCUCAGCACUCUGUGAAGAAUUACCACGUAUAUGUCGUUCGACAAAUAUUGGAACGCAUGAUUGAUACUGAGAAUUGUAUGGAAGAUCUGUCGCACGAUCUUAGAUCG